AUGAAAGUAGACAACGAACAACAACCUUCUAACAUUACGGCUGCUUCACAAUAUGGAAUGCUGCAACAAUUACCUCCUGCUACAAUAAAUUCAUACCAGUUUGUUGACGACCAAGAAGAAGAAGGACAGCUAAUAAUGCAAAUAGACAACCAACACACGAUCCAACAAAGGUUUUUGUUACCUUCUGCAAUGACAAGCAAUAACGAAGAUGAAGAAAACAUGGAAUUUGUACCGAUAAUAUCAGAUACAAUUGAAAAAAUUGCUGAAACUUCUACUGCUUCUAAGAAAUCAAGAAAAAGAGUGAGGAGAAAGCUAAAAGAAUCUCCACCAUGUAAAAUACUUAGGCACGAUGCGUUGCCAGAGGAAGUAAGAGUAGGAUCGGAUUUUGACAACAAGAAGAACAUGACUAAAUUUUUCUGCAGCUGUGAGAUAAACCAAAAAGUCAAAUUCACUAUUGCUAGAUCAUAUUCAAAGAGAUACGAGCUGAAAUACAUCGUGGAGAAAUGGAGUUGGAAUGUACGUGCUACCAAAAUAAAAAUAUCCUCACUUUUUAGGGUGAUAAAAUAUCAUAACAACCAUGAAUGCUCGGUUGAUGCAAGAAAAUCAGAUCAGAAGCAUGCUAAUUCAAAUUUUAUAAGUGAACAAAUUUUAGAACAUGUUCGAGAUAAAAAGAUUGAGGUUACACCAACCUUUGUAGAAAGUAAAAUGAAAAAGAAAUUUGGAAUUGACAUUGGAUAUCACAAGGCAUGGCGUGCUAUUCAAAAAGCUAUUGCUUCCAUAAGGGGAAAACCAGAAGAGAACUACCAGAUUCUUCCUUCAUACAUACACAUGAUUGUGCAUAGAAACCUAGGGACGUACACUAGCAUAAAAAGAGAUGAGCAAAAUCGAUUUGCUUAUAUGUUCUUUUCUCCUGCGGCAUCAAUAGUUGGUUGGUGCUACUGUAGACCCGUGAUUGCAGUAGAUGCAAUGUUUUUAAAGUCAAAAUAUCGUGGCGUUCUAUUUGUUGCUGUAUCAAAGGAUGCAAACAAUCAAAUCUUUCCUCUAUCUUUUGGUGUAGCAAAUUCAGAAAACAAUGAUGCAUACAUUUGGUUCUUCGGGGAAAUGAGAAAAGCAAUUCAAGUCCGUCGUGAACUGGUUUUCUUAUCAGAUAGAAACCAAUCGAUCGCAAAUGGAAUUAGAAAAUUUUAUCCUGAAGCUCACCAUGGUAUCUGCCUCUAUCACUUUGAGAAAAAUUUAAAGCAAAAACCACGGUAA